CUCAACAAGAAGCAAAUAACAAAUGGGACACAACUCCUAAUCCCUCAAGCUAAGGUUAGACCAGUGUUAUAAAUAGCGCUCGCCUUAGCGCUAAUAGCGUGAGGCGAGGCGAGACGAGGGUGUGUCGCUUCAGAGCUUCUGUUGCGUUGCGAUUUCAAAUAGCGCUCGCUUCAGGGUUUGUGGUGUGAGGCGACUGUGUGGCGAGUAGCGACUGUAGCGUCGCUAUUUUUAAAAAGAAAAAAGAGAAAGGGAGAAGACUUAAGUCGGGAAUUAGGGCUCGAUCUUUUUCACCUGCGAACAAAAAAACUUCAGAGAUUAGGGCUUUUCACCUGCGAACAAACAAACGGUCUUUUUCAGUCUUCUUCUUCAUCAUCUGGCUUCAUCUUCUUCAAACUUCAACAGCCAAAAAACAGAGUUAUGCUUCUUCUUUCUUCUCUUCUUCUUUCUAUUUUUUUUCUUUUGUUUUUUGUCGACAGAAACAGAGCCAAAUAGGUUCUGUAUUUGUGCUUCUUUCUUCUUCUUUUCUUCUUUCUUCUAUUUUUUGUCGACAGAAACAGAGCCAAAUAGGUUCUGUUUUGUGCUUUUUUGUCGAGAAAAAACUGAGGCUUUUCUUCUUCUCUUAUUUUUUUUUUGCUCUGUUUUGUCUUCUUCUUUAUUUGCUGUUUUUCUAGAGGCAUCAUAAUCAUUUUUGUUCUUCUUUCUUUGCUAUUUCCAAAGGCAGAAUCAAUUUUUGGUUUUGCUCUGUGUACUGUUUCGAAACUCCAAAGGCAGAAUCUUUUUUUUUGCUCUAUUUUUUCUUCUUCUUUAUAUAGUAGAAUUAAUUGCAUAUUGACUUGAUAAUUUUUGUCUAUAAAACAGCGUUGAAAUGGCGCCAUCCAAUAAUACUAAACGAGAUAUAGCUUGGAAUUAUGCUAUACAAGGCUCGUCAAGAUUCAUAAUUAAAUGUGUGUUUUGUCAAAAAACGUAUAAUGGUGGGAUAAUUCGUCACAAGCAACAUUUGAUAGGUGGAUUUAAUAAUGUAAUACAAUGUCCCCUUUGUCCGCCUGAGGUUAGGGAGGAAGUAAAAGCAUUUGUUGAAAAGAAAAAUAUGGUAAAAACUCAAAUGAAUUAUGAAGCAUCGGUGAAUCUAAUUGAUGAAGAUGAUGAGAUGGAUGAAUAAGGUGAAAUGGGACCUCCCCCCUUAAAAGGCCCUCUCAAUCUAGUGGGUCAUCCACGGCACGUACGGUGGCAAAAGGCCCUCUCAAUCUUUAUUUCUCGGCAAAACAACAAGAAACGGGAAAAAGUGAAGAAGGUUCAGGUUUAGAAGCCAAGAAGAUUUUGAGGGAUCGCGCCGUCAGUGCCUUUGCAUCAUGGAUGUACGAUGCAGGACUUCCUUUCAACUGUGUCAACUACAAAACUUUUGAUAAAUUCAUUGAGGCCGUAGGACAAUAUGGCCCAGGAAUGAAGCCUCCUAGCUAUCAUGAAGUUAGAGUAACUCAUCUUAAAAAGGAGGUGAAGAAGAUGGACCAAAUUAUUGAGGAGCAUAAAGUGGAAUGGAACAAGUUUGGAUGUUCCAUUAUGAUGGAUAAAUGGACAACACAGAAUGGAAAAAUGAUCAUAAAUGUGUUGGUGAACUCUCCAAGAAGGAGUGUUUUUCUUGAAUCUCACGAUGCUAGCAACUCUUCUACGGAUGGAAGCAAAAUGUACAGCUUGUUUAGAAAUACUAUUGAUAAAAUUGGAAAGGCAAAUGUUGUACAAGUUGUUACAGAUAAUGCUAGUGAGAAUGUUAGUGCGGGGAAGAUGAUGGAAGCUAUCUAUCCAAACAUUUAUUGGACUCCAUGUGCUGCCCAUUGUAUCAACUUGAUGUUUGGUGACAUAUUCAAGGAAAACCCAUAUGCUUUAGUUUUCAUUAAGGCCGUCAAGGUAUAUGCUUACAUCAGUCAGAGGCCGUUGUUGUUGAAUUUGAUGAGGAAAUUCACAAAAGAAAGAAAUUUGGUUAGACCGGCCAAGACUAGAUUUGCAACGACUUUCUUAACUUUGCAUAGCUUUUACUUGCAAAAGGCAAAUUUGAGAAAGCUAGUUCUUUCGACUGAAUGGAAAGAUAAUAAAUAUGCAAAGGAAGCUGCGGGGAAAGAAGCUGCCAAAGUUCUUAUUGCUCCAUCAUUCUGGAAUGAUGUCGUUCGGGCUCUUAAAGUUGGUGGUCCUUUGAUUAGGGUGCUUCGUAUGGUGGAUGGGGAGAAAAAACCACCAAUGGGCUAUCUUUAUGAAGCUAUGGAUAGAGCCAAAGAGAGUAUUGCAGCAUCAUUUGAUGGAAAUGUUAGGAAAUAUGAGAAAGUUUUUGAGAUAAUUGAUACCAGGUGGAACAAUCAACUCCAUCGACCUUUGCAUACAGCAGGCCAUCUUCUGAACUCGGGAUUAUUUUACAAGAACACUAGUGAUGAAACUUUGGAUUCAGAGGUGUGGAUUGGAUACCAUGCAUGUCUUGAGAAGUUGAUCCCUAAUUCAGCGACGAUAGAUCUAAUAGGGGAGGAGUUUGGUAAGUACUCACAAGCAGAUGGCCUAUUUGGUUUACCGGUUGCCAUUAGAGCCAGAGACAAAAGGUCGCCAGGUAACUAAC